AACGCUGACACCCGGUAAGAAAGGCAAUUACAACCCUUCCAAUGAAAACUGAAGUUAUAAAAUAGGCGCAUUAUUGGGUAUUAUCAGUAAAGCAAAAAGUAAGGGAGAAGACGAACACAUGUACAAGGAGUUAUAUGGCAAAGAAUAUAAAACUAGAUACAUCGCAGUUGUCUUCAUGGCCUACGAGGAAGAGUUGAAAAGACAAAAUAUGUUGGAUUAUGAUAACUUGCUAUUGAAAUGUUGUGCUUUACUAAAAAGAAAGAAAAAUGUUCUUUCUAAUAUCAAGAGUAUUUUAGUCGAUGAGUAUCAAGACACCAAUAUUGUUCAGUACGAUUUGAUUAAACUCAUGAUGAAGCAAGUCAAUAAGAAAAGUGUUACUAUUGUCGGUGACCCAGAUCAAUCCAUUUUUGGCUGGCGUAGUGCUGAGCCCAAGAAUUUUGGAAAGAUGGAGGAAGAAUUUGAUGGCACCCGUUCCAUCAAGAUGGAGCAAAACUACCGUAGUACAGGAAAGGUAAUCAAGUCCGCUUUACAUGUCAUUAAACAAGAUGAGCAACGAAUCGACAAGUUACUUUAUACAAAUAACCCGGAAGGCAUCCCCAUUUCCUUAAUCACAACUCAGGAUCCAAAAUCUCAAGCUGAUUUCGUGGCCGCCGAAAUUAAGAAAGCCAUUGUAUAUUCCAAGGGACUUAUUCAAUACAAGGAUAUCGCGAUUCUUAUGCGCAUGAAUUUUAUUUCGCAACAAUUUGAAAGUGCUUUCCGACUAAGCAAGAUUCCUUUUACGAUGGUCGGUGGCGAUCGUUUCUUUGAUCGUGUUGAAGUCAAGGAUAUGACAUGCUAUUUAUCCUUUGCUUACAACCCAAAGAACAUCUCAGCAUUCACACGUAUCAUCAAUGUGCCUAAAAGAGGUAUCGGCGAAGUCUGGCUUAAGAGGAUUCUAACAUUUGAUAUGGAUAAUAACGGCACUUUGCUUGAUUCACUUCGAGAAAUUGGGCAUGGCAGCUGUGACAUAAAAGUCCCUCCACAAAUGGUUGGCAAAAUUAGACAAUUCGUAAUGAUUUGUACCCAUAUUCGUGAUAUGAUUGAAAAUAAGAAAGAAGUGACGGAUAUUUUAAGUUAUAUUUAUGAAGCUACAGAGUAUGAAAAGUAUUUAAAAGAUCAUUACUUUCAAGACUAUGAAUCUAGAUGGCAAAAUUUGGGUGAACUUUUAUCGAUCGCCAAAAAGACUACAGAAGAUGCUGCUUUACACAACGACCAUUAUGAAGAGGACACUGAAAAUACGACAGCGGUUAAACCUGUGGACGAGACCAUGCAGAAUGGGAUGGAGAAAGAAACGGGUGUCAAACCAGAACCUGGUGUCAAAUCAGAGCCGAGCAUUAUAUCAGAACCUUCUAUUAAAUCAGAAUUCACUGUUAAACCAGAGCCUACUGUUAAACCAGAGCCUACUGUUAAACCAGAGCCUACUGUUAAACCAGAGCCUACUGUUAAACCAGAGCCUUCUGUUAAACCAGAACCACAGGAAUAUAGCUUAGACGAUUUCGGUCCAGAUGAUGACUUAGGGCCUGAUGGUGAGGAGUACUUCCAUUAUAAGGCAGACCCUGUCACCGAAUUUUUAGAAUACUGUGCUCUUUGUUCCAAUCAAAAGGAGUUGGAGGAAGCUGAAGGUGGUAAGGUCACAAUCGCAACCAUCCAUUCUGCUAAGGGUCUUGAAUGGCCUUGCGUGUUUAUUGCUACUUGCAAUGAAGGUGUGAUUCCACAUUCUCGAUGUGAUGAUAUCGAAGAGGAAGGUCGUUUAUUUCCUGCUCUAUUGCAUAUCACUGAAACAAAGAGAUGAUUGGGGUCAAAGAAGAACGCAAACGCCUUCCCGUUUUCUAUCUGGAAUGGAAAAAGAUGUAUACACAACUUCACCACCCGAUUGGAAUGCUUCUUUACGAAGUAUGCUAGCCACAACUAUUAAUAGACCCAUUCCAGAUGAAGAUAUUGAUGCUGGUGGUAUAAGCUCACAACAGAAAAAGGCAUCUAGAUCGCAAUCCAAUGGUAUCGAUAUUCGAUUUGGUGUGCAUGGAAGCAGGGCGGAUUUAUCUGCGAUGGGAGGAUUUUCGUCUGCGUCUAGUUUAUUUUCCUCUAGUCAGAAAUCAACGAAGAGCAAAUCUAAAAAGAAAAUCAGUGGUUCUGUGAAGCGUGAAGUCAAAGAGGAGUAUGAUAAUAAGAGAGCAAAAUUACAAAAGAAGUUGUAAAAAAAAAAGAAAAAAAAAAUGAAUUUUAUUUACAACAUUUAUUCUAUGGCAUUAUUUUUUAAGGGCGUAAUACUUUUU